AUGUCGGCGUUGGUCCACGUCGCUUCUCCGCAAACCAAAAAGGCGCCAGUGGUUGUGCAGCCCGGCAACCACCCGUUCAGUCUUCCUGACGGCUCCAAGUUUACCAUCGUCGUCGCUCACGAGAAGGCGGCAGUGCAGACAGCCUCGCAAGACACUCAGAGCGAUUCCUCCGACGAGCAGGCGCAGCGCGUGCGUCAUACCAUCAAGCUAUCAACGCACAGACCACACGACUGGGUCGAUACCAACAGCACGCUGGCAGUGAUAUCGCCAUGUCCGUCGUAUCCGAACCCAGCAGCGGAGCCGGACACCAACAGUCUGGCUUUCCGGACUAAGCGCUUUGCUGAAUGCUCGCUGCAGUCAUCGACCGGCGAUGAGCAAGUGAGUGCGAGCCGAAUCUGGAAUUGGAUCAACGUGUUCUUCGCUCUGUGGCCGCAACAAGAGCAUCUGCUCCUGCGGACCGAGGGCUUGGACGCGCAGGUGGUGUCGUUCUUGACCGCAUCGAAGCUCGCUAUCUUGGAUCCUUCGAAGCUCGUAACUCUUUCGACUCCAGGUGUCAAGACACAAGUGGAUACGAGUCGGCUGCUCGUGUCUCGUGCGGCCUUUUGGCAAGGAUUCGGCUCGCCGACUGGUCAGUUCGUACCGUGGGUGUUGCCAUUGGCUGAUGCAGCUACGCGCACUGCUCUCACGUCGUCCAAUGCAGAGACAGUCGCUUCGCCUCUAGCGCCACCGUUCAAGCCGCCUCCUUCGGCAGGUCCGAUCUAUUCGCGCUUCAUCCCCGGUCUCGACUCUCACCUCACAUUCCGCGUGGCUUCUUCGAGCAACGCCAAAGAUGUCGACCUGAUCACAGCAUGGCAUGCCACCGAUCGCGUCAACGAGGGCUGGCGACAGCGUCUCAGCCGUGAAGAGCAGCUGGAAGGCAUGCAGAAGGGCGAGCAGAACGCAUACACCAUUGGACUGAUCGGCGAGUGGGACGGAGAGGCGUGGGGAUACGUCGAGGUCUACUACUCGAAGCAUUCCAACCUGGUCGACUUUUACACGGCUGGACAGUACGACCGCGGCUUCCAUGCGCUGGUGGGUGAUGAGCGGUUCCGUGGUCCGCACAGGGUACGAUCGUGGAUGGGAAGUGUGGUGCACCUCAUGUUCUUGCUCGACCCUUCGACGACGCAGUGCGUGUCGGAACCGAGGUUGACCAACACCAAGAUGGUUCAGUACGAGAUGAUGGUGGGCGGCAAUGUGGAAAAGUGGAUCGAUUUCCCGCACAAGCGCGCAGCGCUGGUGCAGUUUGGCAAGGAGAGGUUCUUCCAGCUUUGCCCGAUGGGGCCACUCCCGGAGCAUCUAGCCUAG